AAACGCGUCCGAGUCAGAGUCAGGAACGCGCGCGGAGCGGUGGUGAUGCACGAGCUUCACUCGCAAUACGGACAUUACAAAUAAGUCCAGCAGAAGAAUUAUUCACAAGCAGAAAUGACCUGUGUUCAAAGCCAACAUGGAGUCCAGCCUUAUGAGAGCAUGCUCUACUGCUCAGAGCUUAUGAACCCUGACUUCACCUCCAGGUUGGCCAUGGACGUGAGCGAACAGCGGGAGCAGCUCUCCACAUCCUCUCUGCCGAGCAUCACCUCUCUGGUGGGAGGCUACGGGGGAGAAUUUGAUACCUACUCCUGCCCACUUGCCACUGCAUCAACCUGCACCGGCGCCACCUCGGGCCAGGACUCCUUCAAGCUGGACGACCUCCAGGUUUAUGGCUGCUACCCCGGCACAUUCACCUUCAGCUACAUGGACGAUGCGCUGUCUACGUCAGGUGGCUCGAACUGUUUUGGCAGCCCCGUCUCGGCUCCUUCACCCUCGACCCCGGGUUUCCAGUCAGUGCCUUCCUGGGAUGGGGCAUAUGGAUCCUGCUCCCCUGACGCAGGCUGCUGGGGUUCAGAGAAGACACCUCUUCCUCAGGCCCCUUCCUUUUUCACUUUUGGAUCUGUGUCAGCGGAAGACAUGUCUCCUCUAGGGCAGCUGCAGCAGCAUCAACUUCCUGAUCAGGAUCCCUUUUCUCUGAGCCAUCAGAACCAUCCACUCAGGCUGGAUCACAGCAGCAGGGACAGUUCAGUCCUGGUGGACAAUCAGCUGUCUCCCAAAAUCAAGAGUCCAACAGGAAAUGAAGGGUGCUGUGCGGUUUGUGGGGACAACGCCUCCUGCCAGCACUAUGGAGUGCGCACAUGUGAGGGCUGCAAGGGCUUCUUUAAGCGUACAGUACAGAAAAAUGCCAAGUACGUAUGCCUAGCUAAUAAAGACUGUCCAGUGGACAAACGGCGGCGGAACAGGUGCCAGUUCUGUCGCUUUCAGAAGUGCCUGGCAGUAGGAAUGGUGAAAGAAGUUGUAAGAACAGACAACCUAAAGGGCAGAAGGGGUCGUUUGCCUUCUAAGCCAAAACCAGUCACGGAAUCAGCAUCUGCUUUGCCUUCUGGAAACAUCAUCACCUCUCUUGUGAAUGCUCACAUGGACUCAAACCCAGCCAUCACAAAACUGGACUACUCAAAGUAUCAGCAGACAGUGGCUAGCGUGUCUGAAAAGGAGGACGCCAAUGACAUCCAGCAGUUUUACGACCUGCUGACCGGGUCUAUGAGCGUGAUCAGAAAGUGGGCAGAAAGCAUCCCAGGAUUCACUGCCUUCUCUAAGGAGGACCAGGACUUGCUCUUCGAAUCAGCCUUUGUCGAGCUCUUCAUAUUACGACUAGCUUACAGAUCACACCCAGAGACGGACAAACUGAUCUUCUGCAACGGCGUGGUUCUUCACCGCAUGCAGUGUGUGCGGGGAUUUGGCGAGUGGAUCGACUCCAUCAUGGAAUUCUCGCAGAAUUUGCAUCGUCUGAACCUGGACGUGGCGUCGUUCUGUUGUCUCGCCACACUAGUCAUUAUAACAGAUCGACACGGCCUGAAGGAACCCAAACGAGUUGAGGAUAUCCAGAACCAUCUAAUAACAUGCCUCAAAGACCACGUUGCGACGAUUGUCUCAGAAGCAGCACGCUGCAACUACCUGUCCCGGCUGCUGGGGAAACUGCCCGAACUCAGGACACUGUGUACUCAAGGCUUUCAGCGCAUCUUCUACCUUAAACUCGAAGACCUUGUCCCACCUCCUCCGAUUGUGGAUAAGAUCUUCAUGGACACGUUGCCUUUCUGAAUCUGACUGCGACGCUAUUUAAAGACACGAUUUUAAACAAAGACUUGCAUUUGAUGUGAACAAAAGCACAGCAGAGCAGAGGAGAGAUGUGGAAGCACUUGACUAAUCCUGGCAGCUCUGUUUUCUUUUAGGCAUACGACUAUGAUCCUCUCAACAGUGGUCAGAAAGAUGUUCAGUGAACAUUCUGGAAAAUCUCGCAGCAAAAAAAAAAAAAAAAAAAGCAGCAAUCACCAAUUCUCCCUAGGUGUCUUGAACUCCACAUUAUGUUUCAGACUUUUGGAAUCGUGGCUUUGUCAUGAACUUAAACGACAAAAAUCAGUGAUUUUGUGCAGCUUGACAAUUGAACAUGAUACAUGGUGUGUGUGUGUGUGUGUGUGUGUGUGUGUGUGUGUGUGUG